AGUUAGAGAGCGAGGUUCCUCCGAUCGCCUAUAUAGAUGGCCGAAGAACGCUGAAUCAGUCUAAUCAAGAUGAACUGAUCAUCAUUUUUUUACCAUCUCAAUCAGUUCCACGAUUUAUGUCUAGUUGUUCUUCUUUUUGCUACCGUUUUCGAUCGUACCUUCUCUGUUUCCGUUCGUUCUCGAAGAUCCAAGGCAUUGAAGUCUGAUAUGAGGAAAGGCUUGCUUGCAACCUCUUAAUCAUUGUGUAUUUCCGAUUAGUCUGCUAGUUUUUCUCCGCUUGUACUGACUGAGCUUGAGAAGUUCACUUCAACCACGAUGGGCCUCUCCAGUCUUCCAGCUCCAUCUGAAGGAGUCCUAAACGCAAUUCUCAUAAAUGCUGCACUGUCCAUUUCCAUCUUCAAAUGCAUUGUUCGUUUGAUCCUUCACAUUGUAGGAAUCCGCUUCUCAUCGCCAUCAUCCUUAGUCCCAUCUACAGAUUCCUUUGAAAAUUCCUCAGAGUUGGGAGAUUCCAACUUUGGCUCCUCUUGGAGUUACCUCGAGAUGUUUCGUAACCGAUAUCCAAAUAUUAGGUUUGAUAAAGUACAGGGCUCCGAACGUCUCGAACACGACUGCUCGGUCUGUUUAACUCAAUUUGAACCUGAAUCAGAGAUAAAUCACUUAUCUUGUGGCCAUCUUUUUCACACAGAAUGCUUGGAGAAGUGGUUGGAUUACUGGAACAUCACAUGUCCUCUUUGCAGAACUCCUCUAAUGUCAGAAGAAGAGAAAUCGUGCUUUUGGUGAGCGUUUAGUGUGCUAGAAUCUAGUUAGGGGAAACUCAUGUACAGCAUACUCUUGAACGCGUUUCCUACCUUAUUCGAGUAUGAUAUUUUAAGUUUGGUGUGUCUUACUGGUCUUAGAGACCAAAGUUUUGUCACUGUAAAUAUAUGUUUAUGAAGUUUUGCUUCUGGCUUGUGCCUUUAGCUUUGAGUUAAUGCACUGUUUCUUCACUGUCUUUGUAUAUGGAAUUGAAUGAGUAUGCAAAAGGUUUUUCAA